CCUGGGCGAGCCUAAGAUACCGCACGCGGGAUACGGCACGGUGAGUUGGUGGUCAGCAGUGGGAUGACAACGUUUAAUAUUUCGUUCCUAAGAUCCCAAUGCUUUUGAGACCUCUUUUGUCUUCUGAAUAUUUGCGUCUGCCCGUCGGUCGUGUCGUCACGCCGUGCUAUUCUUCUGACCCUCGUUGAAAUCGGGCCCCGGUACCACCCCGGUACUCUUACAGGGUCGCCCUCCCCCGCAUAUUAAUGUUUAAUCCUUGACUGGACCAGCUGUACCCCAUUGGAAAGCCCAUCAUGAACCUGAAGAACGCAGUCGUAUUAUCGCUGUCCCUCGCGGCGGGCGUCCGCUCGGAUCCCACAUGGCCGGCGGCGACGGACGAGAUAGAAGAAAUAAUGUACCAGCUCUAUGGUUCUAGGGCGCGGCUGUUCGCAGAUACCAUCACUCCCUGCUCGAAAGAAGCUCACGGGGUGGGACGCAAGACUGCAUCAGAAUGGCUUCGCGUUGCAUUCCACGAUAUGGCAACGGCAAACACAUUCUUCGGCAUCGGCGGGCUCGAUGCAUCGCUCAUGUACGAGCUAAACAAUGGGGAGAACCUAGGCCCGGGGCUCAACACGAGCCUGAUCACCUACUCUGACUACUUCUCGCCGAGGAGCACCAUGUCGGACCUGAUUGCGCUGGGGGCCUCGCUUGCCACUAGAGUCUGUGGCGGGCCAUUGGUGCCUGUACGGGGCGGUCGAAUCGAUGCGACAUCCGCGGGAAGUCCUGGCGUGCCACAGCCGCAGAAUGCGAUAUCGACCUUCAUCAACCAGUUCUCGCGCAUGGGCUUCACGCAGGCUGAGAUGAUCGGACUGGUCGCCUGCGGGCACACCAUCGGCGGCGUCCACACGACAGAGUUCCCGGACCUGGUGCCCGCUGGCACCGCGGUGAACAACGAGUCGGCUCUGGAUUCGACGCCAGACGUCUUCGACAACAAGAUCGUAACCGAGUACCUGGACGGGACGACCCAGAACCCGCUGGUUGUAGGCCCGUCUGUUGCAGCGAAGCAGAACGCUGAUUUCGUCGUGUUCAACUCGGACAGGAAUGUAACCAUGAAGACACUGGCAAGCCCGACAGACUUCACCAGCACCUGCGCGAGCCUUCUACAGCGGAUGAUUGACGUCGUUCCGUCGGGCGUGGCCCUAUCAGACCCGAUCCUUCCCUAUGCCGUCAAGCCGGUUGGCCUACAGCUGACCAUGAACGGCGGGGGCGCAUCACUGCAGCUGAGCGGAAGCAUCCGCGUGCGGACGACAGGACUGUCGCAGGCUGUGAGCGGUGUCACACUUGCGUACAAGGACCGCAGCGGCGUGAGCUGCGACUCCUGCGUCAUCUCGGCCACACGCCAGGCAUCCGGGUCUGGGGUGGAUGAAACCUUCGACUACUUCCCCCUCGAUGCCGAAAUCCCCGUGCAGUCCGGCAUCUCGUCCUUCACCAUCGCGCUGGAGUUUGCCGACGGGACCACCAAGCUGUACGACAACAACGGCAACACCUACCCCAUCUCCGACGCCGUGAUCCUGCAGAGGCCACAGAGCUGUCUCCUGCAGGGACCCGGAAGCCUGAGCGUGUCGGCCCUCGUUCUCAGCGACCGCGCGGCGCCGGUCAGCCUCGGGAUCCAGUAUCAGACGCCCCAGACCGGGAUCGCAGGGCCGCGGCUUCAGGCCACCGAUGUCGCCAUGGUGGCGGGCGCCUGCGUGGGGCCGUACACCUUCUACUCGGCAUCAUACACCAUACCAGGCGGCAGGUCCCACGCGACACGGCUCGACAUCACGAGCGGCAGCGGCACUUCGGCGGCGUCCAACACGUUUAAUCUCGCUUCUGAAUUGGCGGGGACGUGCCUGGAUUUCUCUGGAGCUGUCGCGUGUGGAAGCAGCCCCUCUUCAUCGUCCUCUGCCGUAUCUUCCACGCUAUCCACGGUGGCCGUCCCGUCCAGCUCGCUCAGCACUUCAAGCCUGUCGACAGGGUCUGUGUCGUCUGUGCCAUCUGUGACGACUUCUAGCACUGUAACUGCAAGUUCAUCUAGCACCUCAGCGGUUGCGACGUUGGCUCACAAGGCUACAGUAGCUGGGUACGAGCUCGUGUCUUGCUGGACGGAGGGCGCCGGGGUGCGUGCUCUCUCAGCGUCGACAUACUCCGACGAUAGCAUGACUCUUGAGUCUUGCGCUUCUUUCUGUGCAGGCUACAGAUAUUUCGGGGCAGAAUACGGGAGAGAGUGCUACUGUGGAAACACAGUCGAUGCCUCGACCGGGAGUGCCCCCUUGGACGACUGCAACAUGGUCUGCUCGGGCUCCGAUGUUGAAUACUGUGGAUCUGGCAAUCGUUUGGAACUCUACUUCAACAAUAGUACUGAGCCGGGAGCGGGAAGUGGUGGUGGGAGUGGAGGCGAUGGGGGCGAGCCAACACAGCCGGAGACUGUUGGGGCGUACAAGUCUUAUGGCUGUGUGACAGAGGCGGAUCAAACCAGGGCGCUGACUGCGCGGAGUUUUGUUGAUUCCGGGAUGACGCUGGAGCGUUGCGCGAGUUUCUGCUCGGCAUAUACGUACUUUGGCGUCGAAUAUGCCCGCGAGUGUUAUUGUGGCAACAGCUUUGGGACUGGCUCUGUAGCUGCUCUAGCGACCGAUUGCUCGAUGACAUGCGCGGGCAACGCGACAGAGUUUUGCGGUGGCAGCAAUAGGCUCAGUGUCUAUGAGAAAUCAUGAGAUGCUUGAGGCUGAGCCAUAGUUGCCCACGGAUUCCUGGUCUCGAUUAAGAAGCAAGGCCACACCCCGGAGCCAUAUGCUACAGGCGCCUUUAUCAUAGGUGCAAAUCGAGUGUCACUCAGUGCUACUCGCUGUGCCGUGACGUAAAGCUGAGCUGAGCUUAUCAUGGACACGUGUACGUCGAAGCCGUGACCCAAUAUCGUCGCUUCAGGGUCGGCAGUGCCCCUAGAUGGAUCCUACACGGAAUGUGUAUCAAGGAACUCAGUGUCAUCACAAUGGGAUCAUCGUGCCACUUGGGCUUCGAGGACUUCUACCUCGACCCAGCUGCGCCAUUAGACUGUCGAGGAUGCUUUCGCAAAUGUGUAGAUGCAGAGGCCUGCAGAUGGAACCAUUCGAUGGGAACUCAAUGCGAUCGCCAGAACAGAGUGGUGGCAGAGGAUUGGGCCGAUGACAGAGAGUGGUUACAUACUUAUGUAUGUACGUAUCGGAGAAUGUGAGUGGACGGUGACAACAGUUAGUAGCAUUUCAACGAUAGUGCUCAACCUUUGGGGGUGCAGGAUGCCGAGUUCGACGUGCAGGAUGCCAGAUGGCGUUGCCCAGGUAAGCCCGUACGUACAGCCAGUGUCGGGCAACGUAAAGCGAGAUGGUUUGCUGCUCCAACAAACUGGGCCCAUAGGAUACCCUCUCCUUCUGUGGCACAGCAGCGGGGUCUCAGGGCCAAACACGGGAGAAAGAACUUUGAUGUGCUACAAGGCCGUGUAGACCAUCAAUGUCCUCACCGGCCGCCCAGCAACGGUAGCCAGUGCAUGAUUUUGGCAGGCUUGCCUGGCAUGUGUGGCUGGUUGGUUGGGGGCGCCGGGCGCCAGGGCUGUAAGGACAAUGCACGGAGGGGCAAAGCAGCCACAGUCCCGACGGACCAGCACCUCCGGGGCCAUUGAAUUAAACGCUGCGUCGUGGAUCGAGGAAAAGCGGGGACAAUCGAGAUACGCUCUUUUCUUCCUUUUGAGGGCGGGUGCGGCUGUGGCUCCUCGGCCUGUCCUGCCUGUCUGGCUGCAGGAACGCGAGGACAUGUGUCAUGUGGCGAUCGUCCUUUGGCCCCGCCAGGCCUGCUGUUCCCAGCCUAGCGGCCGAGGCUUAUUGUCCUGAUGGGAUUUCACUUUCCUCUUACGCCUCUCCCGCAUGGCAGGCUGGCUGCUAGCUGGCUGGCUGCUGGCUGGCUGACCAGUUGAUGAACGCGGAAUGCAUUCCCCCAUGGACUGACGUCACUACGGGUCUGGCAGGGGCAUUCCUGAGGAAUUGGAGAAGUUGCCCCGCCAGGGUGGACGCUAGCAGGCUGGUGGGGGAACCGCCCGAGCUGCCAGGCUGCGUGACACAAAGGGCAGGGGGGAGCUGGUUACCGUAUUUGGUAGGUGGCAAGCAUCUGGGGAAGCCCACCGUAACGUCAUGACCACUGCCAUGGGAACAGGAGAUGGACAAUUGUGGACAAUUGUGGAUGGGAAACCGGAGAGGUGGCCAGAUCUGAUUAGAUGCUAAUCAUAUGGGCAGAUUAGCUCGAGCCUUGUCGGAACAAGCCGCAAUGGCACAGCACGGCUGCGCUGCUGCUGCGGCUGCUGUUGC